GUGUGAACUUGUUUUUUAGGUAUCGUCCGGCGUAUAAUGUGUCACCGGGGUUCAAUGUACCAGUGGUAAGGAGAGAAGAUGAGCCCAACGGUGAGGGCGCUGUUCUUCAUUGUAUGAAAUGGGGUCUUGUUCCCAGUUUCACUAAGAAAACUGAAAAGCCUGACCAUUACAGGAUGUUUAAUGCUCGGUCUGAAUCAAUAAAGGAGAAGGCUUCAUUUCGCCGCCUUGUCCCAAAGAAUAGGUGCCUGGUUGCAGUUGAGGGAAUUGUCUCAAUUGCGAUAUCAAUGGUUCUCAGUGAUGCAAUUUUCUUCAGAUUUUAUGAGUGGAAAAAGGAUGGGUCAAAAAAGCAACCUUAUUACAUACAUUUUAAGGAUGGCCGGCCCCUGGUGUUAGCUGCCCUUUUUGACUCUUGGAAGAAUCCUGAAGGAGAAGUUCUUUAUACAUUUACUAUAUUGACAACUUCGGUGUCCUCUUCUUUAGAAUGGCUCCAUGACAGGAUGCCUGUCAUUCUUGGAAACAAGGAUGCUGCUGACAUGUGGUUAAAUGGUUCUCCAUCAUCCAAUAUUGACACGCUAUUGAAACCAUACGAAGAGUCAGAUUUGGCUUGGUACCCUGUAACACCUGCAAUGGGUAAGCCUUCUUUUGAUGGGCCAGAGUGCAUCAAAGAGUUGCAGCUCAAGACCAAUGAGACCAGAUCAAUAUCGCAAUUUUUCUCAAAGAAGGGAGACAGAGACCAACAGGAGCAGAAGUCUCAUAUCAAAGUUUCAGAGGAAGAGCCUUUGAAUACUGAUCAGACGGAGAACUUGAAACAGGAAUCUGAAUCAGAACAUGUGGGCCAUCUUUGUUCCACCGACAAACCGGAGGGUUUCACUUCUACUAGGACCACUGACAUAAAAGUUGAGCAAGACUAUGAUGAGGCAGGUAGUAAACAGUCAUUGACUGGUCCAACCGGAAAUCCACCUGAAAAAGUAGGUAGUCCUGCUAGUGAUAAUGUGAAAAGCUUGAAAGAGGAGUCUGAGGAUAUUAAACCAAAUGUUCAUGUUCCGCCUCAAGAGGGAAGUGGGGAUGCUAAAACCAAGAGAGAUUAUGACGAGCUCUCAGGAAAUGCAACGCCGCAUGCUAAGGCGGUCAACAAGCACCUAAGCUCAUCAAAAAAGAGAGCUAAAGGUGCUGAUGACAAACAGCCGACUCUAUUUUCUUACUUUGGAAAAGGCUAGUCACAUAAAGUACAAUGCUUAGACAAGUUCUGUAUAUAGUGAAGUUGGUAUUUCUUUUGCUUAAAACCCAAAUGUUGGAAGCUUAGGAUUUUGUUUGAGUAUCAGCACUCAUUCUUGGCUUGUAGGCAUGUUUUGCAGUUUUGUAUUGAUAAAAUUUCCCUUUAACUUAGAAAAAAAGUCUGAUAAUCUGCUUCCGGAAGUUGUGAAGGGACUGAAGUGCUUGUUAAGUAUCUUUAGGCUGACGAUUUUGUCUCUGUGGGACUUCAAUUUUUAAAUUUGAUUGGUCCCCUCUUUUUA